AUGCAUACAGAGCACUUCUUGCCAUCAUUGGCGUCACAAGAAGUGCAAAGAUUGUUACAGUUACUAUACAGUCGUUUGAAGAGUUCAGAGUAUAACCAGUAUUGCAAGCACACAGGCCAUCCGAUAUUGAUGCAUUUGCCUUGCAAGCUGUACAAACUGCAGCAGAUGUGCAUUAAGAGCAUGAAAUCGACAUUGAGUGUAUUUUCAGCCAGAUGGAUAAUAGCCAUCAUUGAAUGAGCAUGUGCUAUCAUUUCAUUUGCAUUAUCAACGCAUUUAGUGCAUUUUGUUGCAGUUGAGCAAGAUAAACAUUGAUUAGUGCAUGACUUGCAGGUAUCUGUAUCUAAAUAG